UCAAAACAUAGCUGGUGGUAUUCUAAAAGCGACAUCUGGUUUUGUGCAAGUGUCUUUUGUUGUCUGCUCUGUUCUGUUCUGGUCCCUCUUCAGUGCCCACCCCGAUGUUGUGGUCGUCAGGUCGAGGGAGAGCGGUUUCAUGUGCUUGGGGAUGGACUUGAGCUGAUCAAUUACGCAAAUGUAUUUCUGUUGCGUAGAAAGGAAGCUGUUCCUUUACUUUAUCGAUAUAAAGUCAAGUGACCCAAGUGCCUCUUUGGAUCCAAGUUAACAUUACAUCCAUCUCAUCUUGGUUCAUUGGAUUCUUAAAAGUCAUCAACCACUGCAUAUUCAGAUUGAUUUCGGAGCAUUUGGUUGUACUUGGUUGCUACAUAAUGCCAAUUGUUCAGAAAUUAUAUGAUACUUGCAAGGCAUCUUUGUCUCCUGAGGGACCCAUCUCAGAAGAAGCUCUCGAAAAAGUUCGAGCCCUUUUAGAUGACUUGAAGCCUUCUAAUGUGGGUCUUGAACAAGAGGCACAACUGGUGCGUGGAUGGAAGGGUUCUUUGAAUGGUACUAAUGGCAAAAAGGGGCGUAAUGGAAGUUAUCAGUAUCCACCUCCUAUUAAGUACAUACACCUGCAUGAAUGUGACCAAUUCUCAAUGGGAAUAUUUUGUAUGGCUCCAGGUUCUAUUAUCCCGCUUCAUAAUCAUCCUGGAAUGACUGUUUUGAGCAAACUUCUUUAUGGUACUUUACAUGUAAGGUCAUAUGACUGGCUGGACUUACCUGGGUCAGAUGAUCCAUCUCAAGCAAGACCAGCAGAACUAGUGAAAGAUUGUCAGAUGAGUGCACCCUGUAACACAACAAUUCUAUAUCCAAACAAGGGUGGCAACAUUCAUUGCUUUAAAGCCUUAACCCCAUGUGCUCUCUUUGACAUUCUUUCUCCUCCUUAUUCAUCAGAAGAUGGGAGACACUGCUCAUAUUUCAGGAAGUCACCUAGGAAAGAACUUCCAGGUGUUGACCUGGAUCAGUCUUGUGGGGUAAAAGCAUCUGAAGUGAGCUGGUUAGAAGAGAUUCAAGCGCCAGAAAACCUGGUUGUUAGGAGAGGUGUGUACAGAGGCCCUACUAUCAGACGAUGAAGGAUAUAACUAAUUUGUAUUUAUAUAACUUUAGUCAGGCAUGACUAGAAACUAAAUAUGAUGGGGAUAUAAAUUGCAGAUGCUACAUCUUCGGAAUAAUUAACCAUCUCAUCUGUAUGGUUGGUAACUGUACAUACUAUGAUAAACGGUGGCAGGGAAUGUUGGUUAAACCUUAUGUAUCUUUGUUCUAACUUACCUUUUUUUGGAUUAGAGGAAUAGCACCAAUACGAACUGUGCUCGAAGGCUCUAAUUGAUAGAA